GGCCUUUUCCUCUCGAUGGCGCCUGGGACGAGCGAAUGCAGGGAUGGAUCACGCUGGCGACGGCGCGGCGGAGCUAGAAGAAUCGAUAAUCUCGCCAAUGUGACAGAGAUCACAGCCGAUUCAAGCUGGCGGCUCCUCCCCCACUCCAAUUUGGCGAGUCGUGCAGUGGAAUCUCUCGUGCCUCGCUCGCAGGAUAGAAAUAUGGAUUUUGGAGAGAAAAAAUAGAAUUUUUUCGUGGAUUGGGCUGGCUGGCUCUUGGCUGGUCCAAUCUUUACGAUCAAGGAGAAGCUUUUCUUCUUCUCCUCGUACUUAUAGUAGCUGUGAUACUCGACUCCACUCAAGACACCUCUUUGAACACGUCGAGGAGAAUUUUAAGCGGAAGACCGCGCGUUAAAAAUUGUCAAACACGCUGGAGCAAGACUGUUCUCCUUUGUUUGUACUUUGUGGGCUGUGGGGUUGACUAUCAUUGCCUCUCGAAACUUUUGAGCUGCGCUUUGCCUGAGUUGAUCGAUGCUGCGUCUGUUUUUUUCUUCUUCCUCGAGACUUAUCCGAUUUUCCGCUGAUUGAAACAGGAGGAAAAUGUCAAAGCUGGGAGAGGAGAGGACGGGAAACUUUUCUUACAACGAGCGAUCUUUUUAUACCACUCCAGAAUGAUCUGUCCCCGACUUGACGAUUAAGCUCGAGGAUGAGCGCCAGACCGUGUCAACCGUCGUUCCUCCGCUCUUGUGUUCGGGUCAAGGUGAAAGUCUUUUUUGUGCUUUGCAGAUUGGUUCUCCCGUUCUCAUUGCCACGCCUUCGUUUUAUCUGGUUCGAGUUUGAGAAACUUCUCUUCUGGAAAACGAUUCCUACGAGUGACAGACGUUUAGUUUGGACGGCCUGGAUACCUGAUUCGGAAUCCGUGGAUGGUGAAGAUCUAUUCUAUCCUGAUAAGGGAAGUCAAGUAGAUAUUUCCACCGGAAGAUAUGAGUAAAAGGCCAAAGCGACUGUCCCUCAGCUCAUGGCUGCUGUUGCCGCAACAACGGCUUCAGUCUCCCUGCAAAAUGGUGCUGUGUCGCAAACGUCAGCUCAGCUCCAAUCGUUUCCAGAUUCGGCAAGAAUUGCUCAUCUGGGAUUUCUGAAGCAAGGUAGCAACGCCAGCCAUUCACUUUGCAAAUGGCAGAUUUAUGCGCCACGGCGGGGUCUGUCUCGAGCCAGAUCAAGCUGCAUUGCUGCUGUAGUAGCACUCUCAGCUUCUACAACGGCUGCUACAACGGAAGCCGUCACUCCUCUCAAAGACCUGCCGCUCUGCCCCUAUGUCAACAAGGAUGGAAGAAUUCAGCCACCAGUGGAUCCCGACACUGCCGCUACCAUUUUUGCCGUAAUUGACAACAACAACAGGGUUCAGUACAUUGGUUUCUCCAAGGAUAUCAGGAACUCUCUUAGAACUCUCAUCGGAAGGCGUCCGGAGCUUUGCCACUUUUACAAGGUGUUCCACUUGCCGGUGCUUGAUCAGCAGAAAAUGCUCGCUGUGAGACAACAGUGGGUGAACGAGCUUGGGAGCAUUCCAAGGGGAAACGCCGAUAUUACACAGAGAAACCUGUGGGAGCAGCCCGUCGACGCUGGAUCCAUUUCCGACAGAGGGAAGGCGGCGGCGGCGGCUGAUAGAGCCAAGACGCUCAAACAAAUUUUGUUCGACAAAGGCGUCCUGGAAGAGAUGGUCUACAACCCGGACUUGCUCGCAGAGGGAAAGUGUGACAUCCUGCCAUCGAAAGAUCAAACACCCGAGGAACUGGCCGCUGCUGCCAAAGCCCGCGAGGAGGAAUCAUCGAAACGAGUGGCUUGUUCCGUCAAGACGCCCGACGAUCGAGAGAUAACAUUCGACGUGUACUACGAGAGCAAGUUCGUCACAAACGGCGGAUGGAUGUACGACAUACUCGUAACUCACGACAACAAGGAAACGAGGCACCGCGUGAUUAUGGGACGGAUUUAUCCCGAGGCCGCAAAGAUGGACGAGGAUCGUUUCCUAGAAACCGUGAUGGCGUUCUUACUGGAUAAGAAAAUCCCACGGCACACGGAUGGAGUUCGGUCGCCGCUCACGUUUCCCAUAAAUUACUUCGCGGUUGGACAGGUCGAGCAGCGGUGGGACGAGGAAUUCCAGUCGUGGUUCUCGGAGCCACUCCCGACUGACCACUGGAACUUCAAGAGGAUCCACUCGUAUGGGCCGACGAUCGACACGGACUUGGAGCUGGGCCCGGAGGAUAUAGUUCUUCCUAAAGCCGCCGAGUAGAAAGAGAGCGGCCACUUUUGUUUGGAUGGGAUUCGUUUCGUCCCAAAAUCUUUGUCGCAAAAACUUCCCCUACUAACGAUCA